UUUACACGCUUGCUCAAAUUGUGCAUCAGCCCCAAGCCAUUUUGCGGCUGACAAGAAACAGAAGCAUCCAGCCGUAUCUGCUGAGGAAUUCUCUCUCUUCCCAACUUGCAAUCUAUACCCUAUCAUUUUGUUUUUGGUUAUAUAAAAUGGCAAAGCGCACUAAGAAGGUCGGAAUCACCGGAAAGUACGGUACCCGUUAUGGUGCUUCCCUGCGUAAGCAGGUGAAGAAGAUGGAAAUCACCCAGCACGCCCGUUACACCUGCACCUUCUGCGGUAAGGACAGCGUCAAGCGUACCGCUGUUGGUAUCUGGAACUGCCGCGGCUGCAAGAAGACCAUUGCUGGUGGCGCCUGGGUUGUCUCGACUCCCGGCGCUUUGACCGUCCGCUCUAACAUCCGUCGUCUCCGCGAGGUGCGUGAGCAGUAAAUGGAAAAUAUUGGUUUGGACCAUACUUUUGUAUCCUUUUCCUUUAAUAACACAUUGAUAAACGAAGCUGUACAAGUGUUCAUUGAAUUAUGUAAAGAUAAUUGCAAUUUUUUUGUUGCAAUUAGCAAAGUGUAAAAAUGAUACUACGAUUGACUGAUCUUGGUGGUUGAG